CUAGCGUGCCCAGUGGUCAUAUCCAUGCGGUCGAGAGAUCAGCAGCUCGACCAUUUUACAGAAUGGCUACGAGGGAAAGGAUACGACCAACAUCGGCUUCAGCUGGCAGAGUUUCCCGAGACCGGGCGGGGUAUGAUGGCUAAAGAAGCCAUUCAGGUCGGACAGCCUAUCGUUGAAAUUCCAAGAUCGUUGCUUAUAACCUGUAAGACACCAGCUGUGGAAGCGACAGUCAAGAGCUUUUCUGGUGACAGUACUUUGUUAUCUGAGCAUCAGUCACUUGCGCUCUUUCUCGCACAUCAACGGGGUAUAUUAGGCGAAUAUCGUCCGUAUAUUAAUUUGCUGCCGACGCAUUUCACAACGGUUGCCGCAUUGAUGCCAAAAGAAAUAUUCAACCACCUUCCGUGGGAGCUGCAAGCCAUGGCCAGUGCUCAACGUACCCAUGUACGGCGGGACUAUGCGCGUAUCAUGGGAUUCUGUGACGACUGUAAAGGCAAGGCGGAAUACUCCUCAAAAGACGGUAGUUGCCCCAACUGCUGUACGCGUCCGUCCCUCACGUAUACCGAUUUCGAAUGGGCUUGGUUUGCAGUGAAUACGCGAUGCAUUACACUGAAUACAACUCAACGGCGUAUAACGCAUAGUGACACGCCAAAAAUCGCCUUGGCCCCGAUGCUGGACUUUUUGAAUCACACUUCAGAGGCAAAGAUUCAAGCCGGGUUCGAUGCAACAGGGCAGUCAUAUCGAAUCCGAACGCUGAUGCCCUAUGAACCAGGAGAGCAAGUAUUCAUCAAUUACGGACCUCAUGACAACAGUUUUCUACUAGCAGAAUAUGGUUUCGUCUUACGGCACAACCCAUAUAAUCACGUCAUCGUUGAUCGAUACAUUGAUGAGAUCAUAUUGGAGGGUGAGACUGUGGAUAGUCGAAGAGUUGCAAAUGACAUCUUGGACGGACACGGGCUUCGCGGUGACUAUACACUUCAUCUCGAUGAUGAUCCAUCUCCACGCCUAACAGCGGCCCUUCGAAUUCGCGUCCUUUCUUCCGUUUUAAAGUCGGUCCCGCCGAACGUCGCAGACAUGUGCUGGGAGCCACUCGUACCAGAGCAAGAACGUCGCGUCCAAGACGGGAUCCGUUGCGUGUGCGAAGCCGUGUUAUUACAUGCAGAGCAGGCUCUUCGCGGCCUUUCGGGGCUCGAAGCCCAUAGCAAAGAGUCGCUGGCAUUCUCCAUGGUGCAGCAAGUAUGGAAUGACACGGUUGCGAUCGUGAAGGGAGUCAUGCAGCGACUUGCCGACAAAGAGGAUACGUGUCAGAUGUGAAUUAGCCAUGAUCCAGAUCUGGCCUGGUUUUUAUGUUGAGAAUGUGUACAUAAUGCAUAUAUAUAUACAGAUGCAAGGAUUGCUCCCUUAUUUCAAUUUUGC